AUGAUUCAACAAGGUAGACCGAAGCAACUCGUCGAUCAGCUAUCACCACAUCGUUGCCGAGAAUGGCAUAGCGAUCAAACUAGUGCUAGUGACUGUCUACGGCUACGACUUAUGCCUUCACUCGGGGGAGAGCACCCAUCCAAAAAGCAGAAAAGUGAAAAAGUGCAGAAGGAAAAGGCAAACCCUCGGAUGGACCUAAACUAG